AGGCGCAGCUCGGACAGGGGCAGGUCGGCGGCGGUGACAAGAGAGCGGCCGAGCCCCUGCGACCCGGGGCGGAGCUCCGCGAUCCAAGUGCCUGGCUCGCGGAGUGAGGUGGGCGGACGGCUCGGGACCAUGGCCAGGGCCGGCAUGGAGCGGUGGCGUGACCGGCUGGCACUGGUAACCGGAGCCUCGGGAGGCAUUGGCGCGGCUGUGGCCCGGGCCCUGGUCCAGCAGGGACUUAAGGUGGUGGGUUGCGCCCGCACCGUGGGCAACAUCGAGGAGCUGGCUGCCGAAUGUAAGAGUGCAGGCUACCCCGGGACUUUGAUCCCCUACAAAUGUGACCUGUCAAACGAGGAGGACAUCCUCUCCAUGUUCUCGGCUGUCCGCUCUCAGCACAGCGGUGUGGACAUCUGCAUCAACAAUGCUGGCUUCGCCCGGCCUGACACUCUGCUUGCAGGCAGCACCAGCGGUUGGAAGGACAUGUUCAAUGUGAACGUGCUGGCCCUCAGCAUCUGCACACGGGAAGCCUACCAGUCCAUGAAGGAGCGGAAAGUGGACGACGGGCACAUCAUUAACAUCAACAGCAUGUCUGGCCACCGAGUGGUACCCCAUUCCAUGACCCAUUUCUAUAGUGCGACCAAGUAUGCCGUCACUGCACUGACAGAGGGACUGAGGCAAGAGCUUCGGGAAGCCCAGUCCCACAUCCGAGCCACGUGCAUCUCUCCAGGACUGGUGGAGACACAAUUUGCCUUCAAACUCUACGACAAGGACCCUGAGAAGGCAGCUGCCGGCUAUGAACAAAUAAAGUGUCUCAAGCCCGAAGAUGUAGCUGAGGCUGUCAUCUAUGUUCUCAGCACACCCCCACAUGUCCAGCCUUGUGCCUUCCGCAGAUCGGAGACAUCCAGAUGAGGCCCACCGAGCAGGUGACCUAGUUUCCUGUGGGGAGCGCCUCCUUCCCUCCCCACCCCUCACAGCUUGGCUCCUGCCUCUGGAUCUUAGGUGUUGAUUUUUGGACCCCUGGAUUCCACUUCCUCUCCCCACCCCCACCAGGGACUAGAAAAAUUUUUUGAGGUUUUUAUAUAAUCUUGUCAAAUUGUUUCCACUGCAAAUGUGAAAAAUGGGCUAGGGAGAGGGGGUGGUGCCCUUGAUUGUUUUACCUGUUGACUCUUGAUCCCCUUCUUGGGCUCCUUGGCCUCUGUUUGCUGCCUUGAUCUCUUCCCUUUGACCUGGGGGAGGGACUGUGGCCAAAAGGGAAUCUUUCCCCUAUCUGCUUGCACCCCACCCCCUGUCCCUCGGGGAUGAGGUGGCAGAGAGAAGCCCUCACCUUCUAUCUGAACGGUUAUCCAGGGCUCCAGGCUUCCUCCUCUCCCUGUCCCACUGCACACCCCCUGCCCUGCAUCCCAGUUCUCCAGCCCAAUCCUGGCUUCUCGGUCCCCGGUGGGGCCAUCAGACCACUCUGAGUAUGACAGCAGAAUACCAGGGCCUGCCUCCCAAGUGGAUUUCACUGUGAUAAUUAAAAAGGAAAAAUUGCAACAACC